AUGGUUUUAAGGUGGUAUCAAAGUAAGCUGGCGAAACGGCCACUGCUCACACAGGCCGUCACAACAGCAGUGUUGUUUGGUGCUGGUGAUACUCUCGCCCAACAAGCUGUGGAGAGGAAGGGAUUUCGCAAUCAGGAUGUCGCUCGAACAGGUAGAAUGGUACUAUACGGUGGCUGCGUGUUUGGGCCGGCCGCCACGAAAUGGUAUGGAUUUCUGCAAAAGCGGAUCAACCUUCGCUCACACAACGCGACUAUCGCCGCACGUGUGGCUGCUGAUCAGACGGUUUUCGCGACUAUCAACCUGGGUGUGUUCCUCUCUAGCAUGGCACUCAUGGAGGGUAGUGAUCCAAAGGCAAAGCUAGAGAAGAGUUACUUCCAGGGUCUCAAAGCGAAUUGGGCGAUUUGGCCAGCAGUUCAAGCAAUCAACUUCAAGUUUGUCCCGCUUGAACAUCGCGUUCUCAUCGUCAACAUUGUCAGUCUGGGUUGGAACUGCUUCCUCAGUUACUUAAAUAGCUCGAAAUGA